UCAAGCUCAGACGCUGUGUGUGUAUUGCAGUUUGACAUUUAGCCGCCUGGUUUCACUAUUGACGUCUAACCAGUAGAUAAAUAGUUGACCUGGUUUUUCUGGUGGAUUUACUGUAUCUAGGCUUCAUCUCCAUCGUCACCAUGAGCUGCUGUGCCGGAAUAGCCAGGGCGCUGCUCAUCAUCUUCAACAUUGUCUUCUGGUUGUCUGGUGGUGCGAUCCUUGGAGUCGGAAUCUGGUUUCUGGUGGACAAGAACAUCAGCAGUUACUUCACAGUAGUUGAUAUUGACACCGGGGACUCAUACUUCAAGUAUGCAGCCUACAUCCUCAUCGCAUUCGGAGCCUUUGUCUUCCUUGUUGGAUUCUGUGGAUGUUGUGGUGCUAUCCGUGGCAGCAAGUGUCUCCUUGGCUUCUAUGUCUUCUUUCUUAUCCUCAUUAUUGGUGGGGAGGUCGCUGCUGCUGCUCUGAUGAUACUCUACAGGAUUGAGGUUGAGAAAAAGAUUGAUACAAUCCUUGAGAAAUCUGUGAAAGAGAAGUACUCUAACAGUUCAACUCUACGUGAUGCCUGGGGCUUCAUCCAGAUCAAGUUUGACUGCUGUGGUUACAGUGGGCCAGCUGACUAUAUGAAUAAUGAAUACUUGGUGAAAAAGGGCCUGAACAUUCCUCGGUCGUGCUGCGUAUUGACUAACAAGGCAACAGCUAUGGAAGAAGUGAAGUCAGCUAAUCCAAAGAAUGCUUCAGAGUGUAACAGCAAGACUGCCAAUUUCUUCUAUGAAAAGGGCUGUAAAACAACGCUCCUGGACAUGGCUCUCCAGUAUACAAACAUCCUCAUCGGAGUUGGCAUCGGUGUAGCCUGUCUUGAGAUCUUUGGGAUCGUGUUUGCCAUCUGUGUAUGUCGACGUGUGGACAAGGAUGAUUCCUACUGAGAAUGAGAAAACAAGAUGACACCCACCAGUGGUUACCAUGACAACACAGUCACUGUCGCCUUGACAUUUUGCACUCUUGGUCAUUUCUAACAUCAUUUGCUCUCAUUGAAACCAAAUGAGGAUCUCAUAAGAAACAAGUUUUUCGUGUUUUGCCAUAAACUAUUUUAACUACUACAUCAUAGGAACAUGUUGGGUUAUGUGUGUCGAAAUCGUGUACAGUGUCAUUCAUUGAGGAUCCUGACUAAUUACCAUCUCUCUAGUAUUUGGCAUUUCUAAAUGACUAACGACAAUGAAGUAAAUUUUCACUUGUUUCCUUUGAGUGAUUAUUUCUUCAUUGUUAACUUCAUAUAUCACCUUGUUUAUUAGGAUUUACAAAAUCAGUUAGGUGUUUGAAAGUCUGCUGGAUAUACAUUAAUUUUUAUGUGACCAAAGGUUGUGUGUUUGGAUAAAGUGACUGUUUUGUCUGAAAUGUGAUCUUCAGAAUUCAAAAGAUAGAAGGAAUGGUUUUGGCAUUUAGCUAAAAAAAACUAUUCCUUCAUUGUUUUUUUUUUAUUAUUCAAAGAAAAUUAUUGAUAUUGUCAAAUUUAUAUAUAUAUUUAUUAUUGGCGAUGUUGACUACACUUUCCAAUAAACGGGGGUUAAGCCACUGUCAUAGUUGAUAGACAGAAACUGACAACUUUGCACGAACCAGGUUUAUUUUUUUUCCUCGGUCACUUGCAAGUGAAAUGUCAACGGCAGUCAUUGAUUUGAUGGUCAGAUAAUUUUUAAAAUUCACGCGAACCUGAGAAAAAAUUCUCAAAUAUUGUAAAAAGUGAAGAACCCCUACCUUUUUUGGAGAAUAAUUACGGAUACCAAAGUAUUUCAAACAUGUUUCUAAGAGAUCUUUAGUGCUGAGGGAAGUGCAGCCAACAUGUUUAUAGUGACAUCUGUCUCAUUGAAAGAGACGAAAGUUUUGUCUUUGUAUAGUUACGAUGGUCUAUAUAUUUCUAGUUGUAGGUAUUGUUGUCCAGGGUCUCACUGUCAUGAACUUACUUUGUAUGUGUAUGUGCCUAUUGUGGUUUUGAAUGUAUAUCUAGAAUUUAUUACUAGACAUAAUAUGUACAUAGAUUUUUAACAUUGAAUACAUUUUUAUUUGUCCUUGAAAAUGCUGUCGAGUAAAGUACACUUCUUGUUCUUGUACGAAAACCAAUUUGGAGUUCAGAAAUUUAACCAAGAGAGAGAGUGAGAAAAAUCUACCAAAUGAUCAUGCUGUUGUAGAAAAUCUCAUCUUCCAAUGAUUUUUGGGACUCGGAUAUGGAAGUCCAGCUUUUCCUUUGGGAAUCGCUCAAAUUUUAGGAACCCACUUUAUCUCUUGGAUUCAUCAGAAAUUUUGGAACAAAUGUUUUGGACGCACCUGAAAUAUUACAAAAUUGACUAUUUUCUCUUUAUCUCUAUAUCUCAAUUUUGAGAAAAACAAUUAGUCAUCUCUCAUCUCUGAAUGUCUACCAGAGUAUUUGGAGUGUGCAUUUUGUUGAGGAAUCUAGUUUUUACGAGUGUUUAAUAUAACUAGUCCAUGAUCAAUAGUAAACCUUUGUUGGGUUUGCAUGCAUCUCCUUGCCUGGUGAGUUUUACACUUCAUUGAGGAGAUUGCACACAUUCGACCCCUAGGAAAAGUACAGAUAUGUAAACAGAAUCCUUUUGACAAACCAAAAUACUUUAAACAUGCAUUCAGUUGCUACAUCUGUCAGAAUAAAUUGAUAUCUAAAAUUAUGAAUAAAAAAAAAUAGCUUAUUCAUUUUUUAAAUAAGGGUAAAGAAUUGGGCGUCGCCCACAAAAAUUGAAAGAUUUAGUAAGUUCAAACCGUGUAAUAAGUCUGGCUGUACAUGUACUUGUUAAAGGUGUUCUGUACGAAAUGAUGCCGCAAAUCGGAUUUAACUGUCUAGAGGGGAAAUGUCAGUGCACUGUUACAAUGCUUUGGAAGGAUUGUUGUGUGGGUUAGUUAUCACCAUACUGCUAUUAAAUUACAUAAAAAUCCGAUACAGAACUUCAAAACUGUCUUACUCUACUAUUACCAUGAUGUAUAUAGCAAGCUUCAUGCUGGAACAACAGCUGUGAUUAGCAGUGAUGUAGAAUAUUUCAUGUCUUUUGUUUUGUUAUUAAGAAGUGUAUUUUAUAAUUUUAGAUCUUGUAGAACAGUUGUUUUCUGUUGAGAUGGAUAUUUUUGUAUAUUAUACCUAUAUGUGUUUUUCCUGUUAUUAUGGUGUCUUAAUAACAGUGUUAUAUAGAACCCAAAGUUUGCCUGUUACCCCUGUUAUGUAUUUUAAUGUAAAGGUGUGUACAAUAUUUAUAUAUUAAUGUUAGAAAACCCUCUGAAAACCAAAUAUAUGAUAUACUAAAACAAGUAAGUUUUGCUCAUUAUGUUAUUUAGUGUUAUUUGAUAUUGUUAUUCAUGGACAAAUUUAUAGAUCUGAAGAUAUAGGAUCCCUUUAAAGCAUAUUCUCAUCAGAACUCUUUUAUAAAAUAGAUCUGACAAUAUAAUAUCUCUUUCAAACCUAAAGUACCAUGUUAAGAACUAUUUUUAGCUCAUCUGGCCCUAAUAUCUAUUAAACCUUAAAAAUAUAAAUUUUUUAUAGAUCGGAAUAUAUGUUGUUUUUUUUUUUGUAAUAUCUCUGAAACCAUAUGUAAUGUUAAAACUUUUUAUAGAUCUUAAUGUGAUAUGUAUUAAAACUAUCUUUGUACUUUUGGAGAAGAAUGACUCCUGGUCAUGUCUGUAAAUUUUCUCAGCUGUGAACAAAACUAAUACUUGUAGUUACAAAUGUUGGAAGUUAUAGUUUUUUAAGAAAAAUGAGAUAAAGAAAACAAAAGACAAUUUGCUGAAAUUUAUCAUAGAAAAUUAUAUUUGAUUUGUGUAUGUAAAUCUGAUUAUUUGUAAAAUAGGGCUGAUGUACAGAUAUUAAAAUUUCAAGCUACCUCACAUGGUGAAAUUCUUGUCUUUUUGCUGGUAGAUAUUAAUUCUUUUUUUAAAAAAUGUGAAAUUUUGAAUGAAACUUUGAUCCUUUCUGCACCUGAUUAUAAUGUUAUUGCUAUACAAAAUUGUAAUGUUCAGUAUGAAAACAAAGUUCAAAUAACAAAUGUGAGAUAUGAUGGAUAUUGCACACUUACAACAUAACCAAUUUCUUAGUUUGAAAAACAAGAUAGUGUUUAUCAUCCUGUCAUUCCUUGUAGAAAUUUUACAACUUGUUUUGAUUUAGCUCACCCACUCCUGUUUGUGUAGAUAUUGACUGGUCAUGUAGUGUUGUAAGGCCUGUACAUUACAUUAGGUUGUUGAAUGCGGUGGCUGUGUUUCUGUUGUCUGUGGUUUACAUCCGACCUUGUCGUUCUGUACACAAGGACAUUCUGUCUUGGUUGUCAGGGUACUAUGUACAUUUCACCUUAACCUGUCCAAUCUGACCACUACUGGUGUCAUGAUUUUAUCCAGUAUACACAGGUUGUCAAAAUAUGCAGGUUUUAUUGUCUUGUGGAUCCGUCAAAACUUUUAGGUACAUACACAUCAGGACCUAGUUGUGAAGGUCUGUUAUAAGGUUAUACAGCUUCUCAGAAUAUACAGUGUCAGUUCAGACAGGUUAAGUUUUACCAAAAUGUAUCAUAUAGAUCAUUGUUUAAUUUUGUGACCUCUCACCAAUCUAACCAUUGUUAAAAUGUUUUUGUUUCCCUGAUUUGUGUGAAAAUGCUGUUAACACAUAAAAAAUCUAUUCAAUAUUUUGCACUUAUCAUAUUAGCUAUAAGCUUACAUACUGUUUAUUGAAUGAUAUUAUAAUUCUAAUUCUGGAUGUGAGAGUCAGCUGUUGAAUUAGUUUCCUUUUUCUCAAACUGUACAUGUUUAGUAUUCUUUAGGCUAAUUUCAGUCGAGAUCUAUACCUGUCAAUUUGAUACCUGGUUCCACCAUUGAUAAUUUAUUACAGGAGAGCAGUGUUUGAUUUUUGGUAAUUCAAGGGAAGUAAUUUAAGCUAAUUCCAUGUUACAUGGUAUAUAGCUCUACAUAUGGUCUUUAUUAGGAUGAAAAACUUCCAACUGUCUAAUUUUUCAUUAGCUUUUUUAUAUUUUAUUGUUACAAAGUUUGAAAAUGAAAAUACAUGUGCUACCUUACCAGAGAAAUUAAUUUAGUGCUAAAUGUAAUGAAAUCAACUUAAUUCAAUUCUCAUCUCUUUGACAAAAUUUCUUUUUUUUCUGAGUUGUAAUGUAGGGCAUUACAAUAUCAUGCAUAAUAUUUACAUUGUGUUAUUUUGGUGUAGAUACAGUAAUCAGUGGGCUUAAGUUGCCUUGUCUCAAUCAUUUUAACUAGAUAUUUAAUAGUGACUAGUUCACUGAAGUAACCAGUAUGGCUCAAAUAUUGUUACUUUUUUUCUUUAUGUUUGUUGUGUGUUUAUGGUAUAAUUUUGCUACAUAUUUGUAUUUCUUCACAGAAAUCAUUUUGCAUUGAUGUAAGAAAUUUCAAAUUACACUAGAAACAUGGUUCACUGUAGUUGCAUUAGAGAAGAAACGGUGCCUUUGUCCCUUCCAAUCUAGUCUGAAUGUCAACAAGUUUCCAUUGUUUUUUAAGUGAUGUGCUGUUACAAGCUUAGUCACCAGACAGUCCUGUGAAGUUUUCUUACAAGUAGCUUAAUAACAUAACUCAAAUUUUAAAACCCGAUAUUUCAUUAUUAUUCAAAAUUUUAGAAUGGAACUGUGUUUAAAAAGCACCAUAGAUUUUUUUUCUCUAUAUAAAAUUGAAUUUUAAUAAAACAAUACAUUAACAACCUGUCUUAUAAAACCCUCUUUAUCUACCCUUCAAAUAAAAAAAAAUAUGUAUCACAAAGCUCGACUGAAAUUUUAAGUAUAAUAUGCUUCCUUAAAAAUAUUUUGAAGGGCUUUGAUUUUGUCUGCAUAAUAAACCAUAUAUUAGAUGAAAACAACUUUCUACUGCAUGUAAAAUAGUGGCUUUUAGGUCCAUGUAUAUACCAAUAGUAAUUUUUAUCACAGCUGUAUUUAUCUUUUGUCAGUAUUAAAGAUAGAUAACUUACUAUGGUCAUUACUCUACUGUCCAUUACUGUCAGUAUUAAAAAUCUUAACACAAUUUACAGCUACUCUGAAAAGUUGAUACUUAAAGAAAAAUAUUUAGAAGAAAAAAAAAAAAAACUGUGAUGAUCUAUUAUGAAAAAUUUGCAACAAAAAGUGAAUGUAAUAACUUCCAUGUAAUGGUUUUAUGUACCAGAAUCACAAGAUAUUAUCACUCUCUGAAGACAAUAUUCUAUUUACAGUUUUAAGUACGGUACACAUUUUGUUGUAUUCUGCUCCACUGGUUUAGCUCUGUUCUCCUGACUGUUGAAAUCUGCCACUGAUUCACUGUAGACGUACAUCAUUCCAGGUAUUUUUACAUGUAUUCUUUUGAGAAUUCAGGAAUAAAACUUUUUUAGAAUAUAAA